ACAUUUCCUCACCUCUUCUCCAUCUCUCUCUCUCUUCUCAGUCUCUUCAGGAAAAAUUAAACAUGUAUCUUCUUGGGUUUUCCAUUGUUGCAUUUCUCUCCCUUGUCUCCUCUGUUCAUGGUUAUGGUGGGGGAUGGGUUGAUGCCCACGCUACUUUCUAUGGAGGUGGAGACGCAUCUGGCACAAUGGGUGGGGCUUGCGGGUAUGGGAACUUGUACAGCCAGGGGUACGGGACUAACACGGCGGCCUUGAGCACGGCGCUGUUCAACAAUGGGUUGAGCUGCGGGUCUUGCUUCGAGAUAAGGUGCGCCAAUGACCCGAAGUGGUGCCUGCCUGGCUCCAUUGUCGUCACGGCCACCAACUUCUGCCCGCCUAACAACGCACUCCCCAACAAUGCCGGGGGGUGGUGCAAUCCUCCCCAGCAACACUUCGACCUCUCUCAGCCAGUCUUCCAGAAGAUUGCUCAGUACAAAGCCGGGAUUGUCCCUGUCUCUUACAGAAGGGUGCCUUGCCGGAAAAAGGGGGGCAUCAGAUUCACAAUCAACGGCCACUCCUACUUCAACUUGGUCCUGAUCACCAACGUCGGCGGCGCCGGUGACGUGCAUGCAGUUUCCAUCAAAGGGUCGAGAACUGGGUGGCAGCCCAUGUCCAGAAACUGGGGCCAAAACUGGCAAAGCAACACCUACCUCAAUGGCCAGAGCCUCUCUUUCAAGGUCACCACAAGCGACGGCCGCACCGUCGUCUCCAACAACGUUGUCCCCGCCGGCUGGUCCUUCGGCCAAACAUUCUCCGGUGGCCAAUUCGCAUAAAUAUAGAUAAGAAUAAGAUAAGACAGACAGACAUAUAAAUCUAGCUAGAGUAUAGUAGUGGGGACAAGGCUUCGAGCUUAACAGAGAUAGGAGUUGCUCACUUAAGCUCUGGAGGCCGUUUAAUUUGGGUCCUAUGGAGUUUGGUUCCUGUCUCUGGUCUUUUUAGGAAAGACAGAAACUUGGCAGUGGUGGGUUUUUACCACCCUCCACUUCAUGGUGGUUUUAGGGUCCUAUUUUCUUUUUUUUUCUUAAUUUUAUUGAUCCUAUCCAUUGCAUUGCUAUUGAAUGGUUGGGUUUCAGUGAAGUAAAUUGUAAUCAGUUAUUUGGCUGAGCGAGUGAAAAUUAGAAUUGUAGCCGUUGAAUGUUGUGCUC